GGAACAAGCUACGUGUUCCUACGCGACCGGUUAGCCGAUCGGCUACAGACGAUCAGAGAGAAAACGCAGCGCGAUGCAGCUCACGUAAUACAAAAAACAAUGCGCACAUAUGUUGCGCGUAGGAGAUAUCUACGUAAGCGCCACGCCAUCAUACGACUUCAAGCGGGUCUUCGAGGUUGGAAAGCGAGAAAGGAGUGUAAUGCUCUUCGCGAGCAGAUGUUCAAGAAUCUCAGCAAUCAAACAAAGAGAAAUCGUCGCCUGAAUGCUUACCAUGAGACGUUGAUGUCAAGCAGCCCUGAACAGAAAUGUCCAGGUGCAUUACUGGGAUGCUUCGAUGUGGAAAAUCUUGCCAAUAAAGAGAUUGAGAGAUCACUCAGCGAAUCGAAGCCUAAGACUGGGAACAUGAAAAUCACUACCGACUAUUUGCCAAUAAAAUUGAAAAGCCGCGUUGGUACCAUCGAACCGGUGACGAUCGAGAAGUUCGCUGAAGAAAACUUCAAGGGGCAUCUUCUCGAGCCAAGACGUGAACCAAUUCUCACCCCAUUCCUCCAUAAAGAAAACGACCUCGAUUUUCGUCUAUCGAUCGAAGUAUUCAAGCUCAUCUUGAAGUACAUGAAUGACCAAGCGCUAACUCGAGCACAACUGGACGAUUUAGCUCGUUACAUUGUAAAACAAGGUAUUAACAAUCCAUGUCAACGUGACGAAAUCUUCGUGCAAAUAUGCAACCAGAUCUACCGUAAUCCUGACAAAGAAGCGACAACACGAUGCUGCCGUCUACUGCUUCAAGCAGUCGGAGUGUUCGCUCCUACUGAAAAUGUUCUACCAAUGUUAAUAAGUUUCUGUGGUGAACAACGACUGCCGCUUCAAACUCAGUUGAUUAAUACGAUUGCAAGGAGAAUGAAUAUGUUGGAAAGUCAGACAGCUCGACUCCUGCCUGCUUCUCGUCUGGAGAUGGGAGCACUCUGCGGUUUUCACAAUGCAGCCGUUGAUGUGACAAGUCAGGACGGUGAAGUUUAUACCGUGGAAGCGCAUCCUUGGAUAACAAACGAAGAACUAGUGAAUAGGGUUCUGAGGCACAGAUCGUAUUUCUACAACUACCCAACCGAUAGGACACUACCACCUGUGAACAAGAAGAAGGUUGACAUACAAGUUACUCCUACACAGGUUAAAGUGCUGUGA